AUCUGUUGCGAUUCGAUUCAACGAGAUCAAGUAAGUGAAUUCAAGUAGGAAAAGGAAACUAUUUCUUUUUUUCCUUUUUUCUUGCAGGAUUUCACCUCCUCGAGUUCUUUAUAUUUACCCAUCUUCUCCCAAAAAUUUUCUCAGCAACUCAAGAAAAUUUUCCUGUCUUGUGGGUCCUUACAAAUUCUCAGAAUGGAGGCUACCACGUUGUCUGAAAGCGAACGACUGAGAUUGGUCUCAUCGUUUCUUGGGUUCGCUAUCGGACAAACCCCCGAAGCCGCUCGUUGGUUCUUGCAGGCAAAAAGCUGGAAUCUUGACGAAGCCCUCUUCUUCUUCUUCCAAUCUGUAAAUCAAAACCCACGUAACGAUCAUUCGCCUGCGAGAAGUACGAAUCUUCGGCAUGAACAACAGAUCUCCUCGACUUCUCCUCUCCGCCUGUUGUUCGAUGGGACAUUCACAGAGGCGAAAUCUGCUGCUUCUCGUCAGGAAAAAUGGCUUCUGCUGAGUCUGCAAUCUCGCUCUUGCACGCUGAAUCGAGACACGUGGUCGAACGAUUCCGUCUCUCGGAUCAUCAAAGCCAACUUCGUGUUCUUGCAGGUCUACGAUGAUACAAUCGAGGGUCGAAGCGUAUGCUCAUUAUACCAGCUCCAAACUACUCCUGUGGUGCUUCUGAUCGAUCCCACCACAGGCCAGCAGAUGCAUUUGUGGUCUGGAAAGAUCGAUCCUCGGGCCUUUCUCGAGGAUUUAGUACCGUUUAUGGAUCACGGCCCUCGGGAAUGUUCCUCUUCUUCUGUAUCCCGGAAACGCCCAAGAAUGGAUCCAAUGGUUGCCAAACAAGUUACUGAUUCUCUGAGGAAUAUGACUUUAGAAGCCGUCUUCCCUCCUCUCCCGGAAGAACCACAGGGCAGCUCCAAUGGCGGUUUUCUGUGUAGAGUCGGCGUUCGUCUCCCAGAUGGGCGAAGGCUAGUGAGGAGCUUCAACAAGAGCGACCCUAUUCAGCUUCUCUGGUCAUUCUGCUAUUCAGAGCUUGAGGGAUGGGAGGGGAAGCCACUGAAGCUGAGGUUAGCUAUUCCUGGAGCUUCCAAGACUCUCGAGUACGGAUCUAACCUGACGUUCGAGCAAUCCGGGCUUGAGAAUUCGUUGAUAACAGUCACUACUUGGGACUGAGGAUUCUUCUCCUUGUCUCUGCCGUUAUGGUUACAAGUGCACUAUUGUAAUAUUAGGGUAGGAAGGUUUUCGUGUGUUGCACUCUUUCAUCAUGGAUAAAUCAAAG